UUGCAUAGAUUUCCCGAUCCGGACUGCGAAUACACUGUCUUCAAGGAUGGACGAUAUGGUCCGAAAGUCAGUGGAAAGAUACGUGUUGGCGAUGUGGUGUUUCACUCGUGGAAAUGUAGCUAUGGAGCUCAUGAUAGUAGCAUGUACUGUUUGAUGGUGAACAAUUGUACGGUGUCUGGCGAACGGGAUUCGUCACAGAAGGUGCCAAUAUUGGACGAGUUCGGUUGUUCACUGUUUCCCAACGUCUUACCACAUGUCGAAUAUCCGUCCGAUUUGAGUGGCGGAAUGCUUGUGAACGCUUUUUCGCUUGACGUCGAUCAAGUAUGUCACGAUUAA